GAUCUGAACUCCAGCAUGUAACUACGCUCUCAAGAAAUGCAGCAGAGGACUUCAGUGUCUCGGACUGUACAAACCUUGAGGCAAAGGGAUUAUUUCUUGUUUUUUGGUCAGAGCGCCUUCAUAUCACUUCAUAUCAUUCUACUUCCCUCGCUCUUGGACCUAGGACAGACCAGGCUCCGGGAACUGUGGAAAGCUGCCGGAUCCACUAAGACGGUACCCCUUGAGGACCAGGUGCAUCCAUACAACCCCGGGGACUUUGCUUGGGCAAAGAAAUUCGUGAGGGGCGAUUCCUUGCAGCCAAGAUACACGGGACCACAUCAAGUCCUGUUGACUACACAAGCUGCUGUUUUCCUAGAAGGACGAAAGUCGUGGAUACACCAUUCCCACGUAAAGCCAGCUGUAGUAGCGGCACCCCCACCACCCCAGGUUCCCAAGAUACGGUUGCAGAGGAACGAAGAAACCGGCCAGUGGCAGGCGGCACAAUUCCCUUUCCAGAACGCGGACAUUGAAUAAGACAUCAACACAGAAAUGCUCCAACAAACGGAAAGGAUGUCUAUUUACUUAUGGGGGAUGACUGUGUUAGCUCGAUAUGCCUUACCCCUUUGCUGCCCCCCCCGAACGUGAAGAUAUGCAAUGAUAAUGAUUAUUACUACCUGAAAGACUUUGGACGAACAAUCCCAAAAACACGGGAUUGCCCAGACCCUUUUCUUUACGAUGUAAAUCAGAUAAAGGAAGGGAUAGUGAAGGCUGACAUAGCGGGACGGUUGUGUCAUAAAUCAGCCGUUAUCUUGCAACAUAAUUAUACUGGCCGCUGGGUAACGCAUUGCACCCAGGCUGAAAUCGAAUGGCCUAUUAGACUUGCACUUCGAUGCUGGUAAUAUCGACAUAUGCCUAAUUACGGCUGCCCUCCAGAGGUAGACAUAACAUCUAUAAGUUCAGAAUAUAACAUGCUUACUUUCCAGGUUAAAUAUGGAACAACCCAGCCCAAGAUGGCAGAAAGACCAAAGUUUUGUGUAGGUAUUGGAGAACCAUCAUGUUAUGCAUGGCUAAAAGAUAAACUGGGCGCUCAGAAACCCAUACAAGACAAGGUGACACAAGCUACACAAACCAGGAAAACAUGGGGCGGGUUCAAACAUAGAAACACUAAAAGAGGCGAUGGGUGGGACGGAAAUACUUUUGUUGCCUUAAUGGAAGAAACAGCUCCGGAAAAGGGCACCUGUUAUGUUUGUGCACACACCCCACCGCACGGACAGGCGGGAGUCCCCUUGACGGGGGCCCCAUUGCCGUUAAAUGACUAUCUCUCCUUCGCCUCACAUUCCAGCUCACAGGAACUAGAAGGGGGGUUGGUUCUUAGUGGGCCCAUCGCUAGAUCAGUAUGCGUAGGCAGCGGAAGCCAGCCAGCGGGAGGGAUGUUAUGCGAUGGCUUAAUUUACUCUACAAAACCAGGUAAUUGGUCUUUUAUAAAUGAAACACGAAAAGCAGCGGGUUUAACGUGGCUUUCUAUUUGGCAGCAUUUGCUACACCUGACUUUUGCGGACCACCAUUUAGUACCUUUCCUUACAGAUCUAGUGGAUCAUCAAACCCCAGCUGGACUCUGGUGGCUUUGUGGGCACUCAGCGGUAAGGAAAUUACCAGUAACGGGCUCCUGGACCUGUACUUUGGGAAGGGUAGUUCCAAGACUCCGGGUUUCCUCCACGUUGCCUACUCUGCGUCGCCGUAACAAAAGAAGCGCAGGGGAGGCAGUGCUGAGAGGUUUCUUUCCACAGUAUGGCGCAGCCAAAACAUACCAGGAGCUCAUAGAAUUGUCUCAAGCGUUUGAGCGUUUUAUGAAUGAUUCGGCCAUUGCCUUUUCGGAUCUCACCAACGAACAAGGGCAUAACAGACAGUAAGGCUGAUGUCACAAAACACAUUA